UUAAAGCAAGCAGUCGCCAUUUUGUGAGCACUGUUAGUCGGCCGGUUGAGAAGUCGCAGGAUAAGCACCAAAUUACACGGGAGAAAAACAACUGCUUGACAACCCGUUAUCAUCCGAAAGGAAAGGGAAUCGUAUCGUAUGUCCGCUAUCCAGAACCUCCAAACUUUUGACCCCUUUGCUGAUGCAACUAAGGGUGAUGAUCGGCUCCCAGCUGGGACUGAGGACUACAUCCACAUAAGAAUUCAGCAGCGGAACGGCCGCAAGACUCUGACUACUGUUCAGGGCAUUGCCGACGACUAUGAUAAGAAGAAGCUAGUCAAGGCCUUCAAGAAGAAAUUUGCCUGCAAUGGGACUGUGAUUGAGCACCCCGAGUAUGGUGAAGUGAUUCAACUGCAAGGUGACCAGCGCAAAAAUAUCUGCCAGUUCCUGACUGAUAUCGAACUGGCCAAAGAGGAGCAGCUCAAAGUACACGGUUUCUAGAAGCUUGUGACGCACCCCCACCCUGAUCCAACACUCAACCCAACCUUCCUCUUGCCACCCCAAGCAGCCCCCACCCUAUGUAGCAAAUGCUGAAAAUAACAAUGAUUGCUUCUGAUUUGAGACUCUUCACCAGUAUGGCUUCCUUAUCAAAGGGCCCAGUCCACUUAAAACAUGGACAGACUGAGACGAGCGAUGUGGGAUGAAUGCGGAUCUUUGUUUUACCCUCUAUGGCCCUUGCCCUUUUUAGUUGAUCUUGUGCUGUUGGGCACAAUUCCAUGUAUUUGUUUUGUACAACAUGUUUCAAUAAAAUCCUCAGAUGCUACAUUUUGCACAAUCCUCAAGUUGUUGGAUGAGGAGGGGGUAGGGUGGGAUGGUGGUUGAUGUGAGCAUGCUCAUACCUAUGUUUUUGAUACACCACCGUAAUGGAAUUGCUUUUGUGAUGUGGGCCAGCCUGCAUCAGGGUUACAUUGGGGUGCUGUUGGUGCACCAAGCAUGGCCAGCCCACCUUGACAUUAAUAUUUGCUUCUGAUCAUUUUCUUUUUUAAUAUGCAUAAUUUCAAUUUUCUAAACUUGUAAUACCACUUUGUUUGGACUGGAAUAAACUAAAUAUCCAUUAA